AUGCCAAAAUUUGCACCAUUGAAGAAUGAUUUGAUUUUAAGAGCUGCGAAAGGUCAGAAAGUGGAAAGAGCACCCAUUUGGAUCAUGCGCCAAGCAGGCCGGUAUCUUCCAGAGUACCAUGAAGUUAAAGGAGAUAGAGAUUUUUUCCAGUCUUGUCAAGAUGCAGAGAUUGCUUCAACGCUAACCAUUCAACCUAUUGACCGUUUUGACGGCUUGAUAGAUGCAGCCAUAAUUUUUAGUGAUAUUUUGGUCAUACCCCAGGCCAUGGGAUUUGAAAUCAAUAUGGUUGAAGGAAAAGGACCAGUUUUUGCAGAUCCAUUGAGACAUCCCGACGACUUGGCUAAAAUUGAUUUGAAACCAGAUAUUAGUAAGAAGUUGGAUUGGGCUUAUAAAUCCAUUACAUUGACUAGAGAGAAACUAAAUGGUAGGGUACCGCUCUUGGGGUUUGUUGGAGCUCCUUGGACUUUAUUGGUGUACAUGACAGAGGGGCAAGGCUCGAAAAUGUUUAGAUUUGCAAAACAGUGGAUCUUUGAGUAUCCUGAUGCUGCCCACAAGUUAUUGCAAGCUACGUGUGACGCUUGUGUGGAAUUUUUGGCCCAGCAAGUUGUUGCAGGUGCUCAAAUGCUUCAAGUGUUUGAAUCGUGGGCAGGAGAACUUGGUCCCGAUGACUUUAACACUUUUUCAUUGCCCUAUUUGAAACAAAUUGCGGCCAAAUUACCAAAAAGGUUGAAGGAGUUGGGAGUGACAGACGAGAUACCGUUGACAGUAUUUGGAAAAGGUGCAUGGUAUUCUCUUGACGAUUUAUGUGAGGCUGGUUACGAUUGCGUAUCUCUUGACUGGACGUUUGAUCCCAAAGUUGCAAGAAAGAUAGUUGGAAACAGAAGAGUGACACUACAAGGUAAUUUAGAUCCUGGAGUUAUGUAUGGAUCUGACCAAUUGAUUGAACAGAAGGUGAAAGAAAUGAUUAAUGGUUUUGGAAUUCAAAACUAUAUUAUAAAUUUUGGUCACGGAACUCACCCAUUCAUGAAUCCAGACAAAAUAAAGCUCUUUUUGGAACUGUGUCAUAAGUAUGGAUCAGAGUAG